AGAUGAUGAAACAAGACACGAAAUAGAGCAAAAACUGCUUCUCCAGCUGCGCACCCGAUAUAUCCGCUCCACCGCCGCAUCCGAUUACCUGGCGGCGCUUCAGUUUGCCUGUGACGUGUGGGAGGCUCUGUCACUUGUGCUACGUACGUCAACAGACAACACAGGACAUGCCGUGUUCGUACUUGAGAAUAUCUGUGAGCUGCUGGAAGAAGACGCGCAUGUGCCCUAUUCAAUAGAGCAGAAGUAUGUCAUAAUCGGCGCCUGUUCAUCGACGCUGGCGGAGAUUGACCCGAAACACGGCCUGUCAAACUUAUACUUAGCCACCGCGCAGGCCGAGGGGCCCGACACGGCUGAGAGGUCGCUUGUACCUGAUUACGAUAUCAAACUGCUAUCUGAGGGUGUUGAUAGGUACCCGCACUAUGUGACGGGCUGGGUACUGCUGGUACUACGCCUCACUCGUGCGCGUAACCAUCAGAGAGCGCUAGAGCUCGCGCGACAGGGAGCCAACUAUCUUCUCAGCGGCGGUAAGAAGGCGCGGAGACAGGGACGCGACGCCGCGCUGUAUUUCGCGCAGAGUGAGCGCGUGGCCGUGUUGGGUGGGCGGUGGAAUGAACUGCGCACCUGCACGGCGCGGGUGUUGCUGGCGAUGGGCGACAGCCACACUGAGGAGGCGAUGCACAUGCUGGAAGGUGUUGUGAGUGAUCUGAGUGCUCGGGCUGGCGGCGCAGAGGGUUGCGAUGGGAGCGUUGAGGGGCUACUACACAGUGAAGUAGGUGCACAUGUGCAAUUGGCGCGGUGCGCGACCCUGCGAGCGCUGUGGGACAGGGCCGUGAGCCAUCUAGAGCGUGCACUGAGCCUAUGCACCAAAGUGUGUGCGGAAAGUACCAGUGCCCACGCUAACCCCGACGCCAGCAUGCUGUGGCGUCUAGCACGUGCGAGUGUUGAGAGCGAAUUGGGCUGGGUGUGGCAAUUCCAACAGGACUACUGCAAGGCGGUGGGCCACUACGCACACGCCAUGGGGCUAUACAAGACCGCGCUGGAUGGGUUGAAGACCGGUGACACACCGACACUCCCCUCGGCCAACACAGACACCAAAGAGCCGGCACAGAACAUCCGCGUUACGCAACUGCUCACCAACCUCUACGGUCUGUGUGAGGGGCGGCUGGGGAUGGCCCUCUUAGAUAUGAGUGACACAGACUUUGGCGACAGUUCGAUGCAAUCCGAUGCCGUCGCGUCGGUGCUGGUGACUGGUCAGGACAAGAGUGCGGCGUGCUCGCGACAUCUGUUGCAGGCGGCCAAGCUCACCGCUGCGAAGCCGUAUGCGGAUAUAUACACCUACCUGGGAAACUACUAUCUUGGCCUCGGGCCCAGUACGCAUGCACGGGGUGUGAAAUGCUAUGCGAAGGCGACUUCGGUCGCGCUUUCUGCCUACCCUUUCGAAGCCCCGCCCUAUUCUGAGGCGAUUUGGGGCUCGAUGUUGUCCUAUUCGAGCAGUUUUGGACUCGCGCAGACCGUCCAGCUGGCCAAAACACUGAGUGAUCUGUACUUGUCGGAGAGGAGACUGGUGGAUGCUUAUAAUCUGCAUGUGCGCCUCACAACAGUAUCCGUCACAGGUUCAGUCGAAGAUGAGAUGCUCAGACACCGCGUGCCGUGGGCGUGGUUUCGGUCAGGGAUAUACUGCAGCAGCACAGGGCAAUACCAACAAGCAAUCGAGUACUUUCAGACGGGCCUGCGCGCAGAAAAGAACAAUGUGGAGGCCUGGGAGAACCUUGGGGAGUGCUACCUACAUCUGGGUCAGUUUGUUGCCGCACAGAAGGCGUUGACGAAGGCUGUGAGUUCGUAUGAAGAGCUUCAGCUGGAAUGCCCAGAGCAGGCGGCAUUGUGCUGUAUUUCCUAUUGUCGGGCGCGAUUGGGCGAAGUGUAUCGCAUAUUGUCCUUCUUUCCUGAAGCGUUUGCCGCCUACGCCGACAGCCUGCGGGACGAUCCCAUGAACCCCUCGGGGCUGUUGGGCUUAGCUCAGACCUAUCUGUCGUAUGCAUUCACACUGUGGGGCGAGAGUCGAGGCGGUGCUGCGGUUGCCGAGGCCACAAAGGGUCUCUCGUUGCUACUGGACGCACACCACUGUGCCGGCUUGGCUAUGCACAUGUCGUAUUGGAAGAUGGUAGGUGAUCUGUGCAUGUUCUUUCACAUCUCAUCCGCAUCGAGCGAAUCCGUCUUCAGCACUACACUCUGCCCCCUUGUCGAGAUCGCUGAGACUCUGUUCCAAGCUUUCCAUUCAGACGCGGCCACAGGUGUAAAAGCCAUGCUGGGACUGGCAGCGUAUUCCUACCAACGCGCUGGAGAGGUCGUGGAAGCAGGUGAAGGUGCGACCUCGGGCGAGGGGGUGUUGCUGAGGGCUCGGCUGGAAGGCGACCUGGCGGUAGUGUUGGGUCUGCUCAAACGGUUCGAGGAAGCCAUCUCAGCAGCCACACGGGCCGUCACAGUGGAUCAAACUAUCCCCCAUUCCUGGCGUGUGUUAGGCUAUUUGUGUGCUGACUCAAAGAAGCAGUCCAAUGCCGCUCUUGGCCAACACGCAUUUGUCAUUGCACUACAACUCCAACCACAACACGCGCCAACUUGGACCAAUCUUGGACUGCUGUAUCUGGCGUACGAUAACUUCAAACUGGCACUGAAGUGUUUCUCGCGUGCCCAAACCUGCGACCCGGCCUUUGCACCGGCGUGGGCGGGACAGGCCUUCAUCGCUACGUCAUUGGGUGACCACGUGGGCAUUGAACUGUACCACCACUCUGCGGAGAUGGAUGAGCCUGUGCCGGAGGGUCUGCUCGGCUUUGCACAGAACACAUACCAUGACUUCAAGAAACGCGCUGCGCCCAACCAAUCCAUAAGCCAGUUCUAUCUUGCUCAGACCCUCGACGCUCGCCCCGUUGAGUUGUUGAAGGUGGCCAUGCUGUCGUUAGAGCGCUCUACGGUCAAGUUCCCCACGGACGAAUGGGCAUGGAACACCCUGGGCGUCAUUCGCGAGCUGCUUGGCCUGAAUAUCGGUGCGAAGGCGGCGCUGAGCACAUCGCUCGACCUGCUGCUGUCAUCCGCUGACGCUGUGACGCAACCCGCGCGUGUCAGUAUGGUGGCGUCCAACCUUGCACGCGCCCUAUGUAGCACACAGCAAUACGAGCAGGCACUGGACGUCUACGCUAAGUACACUCCAGGAACAGCCGAUCUGUUCUGUGCUCUUGGGAUGGGAAGAGCUUAUUACCAAACUGGUCGCAUGUCUGACGCCCAUCAAGCUUAUACGGCGGCUCUGGCUAUCGCCAAUGACAAAGGAGAUACGGCCACUGCUUCAGACAUUCAGAUUGCCAUUGGGCUGACGGCCUACGCGUCCGGUGAUAUCGCGGCGUGCAAAAGUGCUGUCUUCGCGUCGCUACAUCUCGCACCACAUUCGGCGAAUAGCAUUGCCACAUUGGGUGCACUUGGGCUGCUACAGUCUGAUCUGCAGUUGGUGGGGGCUGCUCUAGAUGAGGAGAAGAAACUCCCCUUUGACAAGCGACACAAUUCAAAUAUAGCAUACGAUUUCUCACUCAUCCGCUCGUGCUGGUGGUUGCUUCAGGUU